GUGAACGGCGAUUGCACCUUUUCCAGACCCCAUACAAGCUGCCUCGGACAACGGCGUCGAGGUUGGUGAUCACUUUGCUCACCCAGUCCUUCGCUCGCUCUCCAACCCUUUUGCACGGGAGUUCGAUGCGCGACAUCUCGGAGGCACAAUUUCACCAGCGAGUCCUCUUGGAGACCUGUACCUUAGGUACUGUACGUAGUCGCCUCACCUCCGACCGACUCGACACCCCUCUGAGAAGACAGUGACAAUGGUGGACGCUUCUCCAUCACCACCUGAACUCUCCCUCCUCAAGACCCUACACCACCCUUCGACCGGUCCCUCACGAUCAUGGCAAUCAAUCGCGCACCCGGAGGCGUCUGCACCACUCCUGGCAACAGCGUCCGCCGACAAGACGGUCAACAUAUGGAAUCUGCGCGACUACUCCCUGAUCUCGACGAUAAGCGGCGGGCAUAAACGCAGCGUACGAGCCGUGGCGUGGAAAGAUUACGGACGAACAUCUCUGAAAGGAUCGGCGGCGGCCAAACAAAACAAAAAGCCUGUCGUUCUCGGCACAGGCAGCUUUGAUGCCAAUGUCGGGAUAUGGAUAUGGAACGACGACCGGCAGGGGGCGAGGUUUCGAGAAGACCACGACGACGACGGUGAUAAAACCCAGCAAGACGGUAGGGAGGGCAGCAGUAAAGAGACGGACACAGGAAUGGGCAUGGGCAUGGAGGACGACAACGAAAUCGACCUCACACGCAACGGUGACGACGGAGAGGAUGAGGAAUGGCAUUUCUCUACACUCUUGACAGGACCCGACUCGGAGAUCAAAUCCAUUGAAUUCUCCCCUCCUCACUACGCGACGAAUCUACUGGCGACCUGUUCGCGCGAUAAGUCGGUCUGGAUAUGGGAGGAAGUCGAGCCGGAGGAGUGGGAGACCAUCGCCGUGCUGAGCGAGCAUACGGGCGACGUCAAGUGCGUGAGUUGGUGCGCUGGGGCGAAGAGAGGCAAUGGUGGAAGGAAAACCAAGAGACGGAAAUUGAAUGGUGAAAGUGACGGGGAUGUCGAGAUGGAAAACGGAAACGGAAAUGCCAACGGAGCUUCGGCCUCUUCCUCUUCCGCUCAGGAGGACGGCGAAGACGAGAUCAUCGGGUCAAGAGACAUUCUUGCAAGCGGGUCCUACGACGAUACGAUACGAUUGUGGCGCGACGUCGAGGAGGAGGGUGAUUGGAUCUGCGUGGGCGUUAUUGAAGGACACAGGGGAACGGUGUGGGAUGUCAAAUGGGAGGGGUUCAUCAAUUAUGACACUCUGGAUCUGUCACACGCGUCGUCGGAUCAAGACCGGGAGACGAUGGUUGGCGAGUUCGAAGCAGAUUGGCAGCCGCGGAUCGUGUCGUGCUCGGAUGAUAUGACGGUCCGGAUAUGGCGACGUGAACUCAGUGAGGCGGAGAAGGCGAAGAGGGCGCAAGGUCGAAAUUUGAGUGUAAAUCCAGCAGCUGCGCCGACGGGGUUUGCAAGUUCGAGACUGCCGAGCGUCAUCAGGCCUAUGAGCAGUAUGGAACGUUGGGUCGAGGAUGCGGUACUCCCCAAGGUGCACGUUCGCAGCGUCUAUGCUGUGGACUGGUCGGCCCGGACGGGACUGGUGGUCAGUUGUGGUGGGGACGGGGCCAUCGCCGUGUAUAAGGAGGUUGUUGACUCGGUGGAUGCUGGUGUUGAUGCCGAUGUGGUCAUGAAUGGCACAGCCGCAGCUACAGCUACGGGUGCACCUGGUCCUACGGAGCAGCAGGAGCAGCAGCAGCCACAGGAGGUGGAGAAUGGCAAUGGCUCGCAGCCGUACAAAGUGCACAAGAUGAAGUGGGUUGUCGUUGCGCUCAUCGAGGCUGCCCAUGAUGAGUACGAGAUCAAUCAUGUCUGCUGGGCCGAGCGACGGGACAAGGAUAAGCGGUUCGACGGUGAGGAGGUUAUCAUAUCUACGGGUGAUGAAGGCGAUGUUAGGGUCUGGACGUUACCGGAUGCACUGAUGGAAUGACCCGACCGUUAGAGACGGUGAUGUCGUGAUGUGAUUGGAAAGACUAGACUAGAGUACUUACCUUAGGUAGAGUAGGAAUGAAUGCAU